ACGCGGCGGCAGCGGCGGCUCUUCCGGAUGGCCGCCUUUCGGCCCCGCUACUACUCCCCGCAGGAGGUGUCGGUGCACAACCGGCCUACGGACCUCUGGCUCUCCUUCUUGGGGCGGGUCUAUGAUCUCACCCCCCUGGCGAAGGAAUACAAAGGUGAUCUCUUGCUGAAGCCUCUCCUUGAAGCAGCAGGGAAAGACAUCAGUCACUGGUUCAACCCCAAGACCAAGGAUAUCCAGAUGCACAUCAACCCCCUCACAGGCUGCCUGAAGUACUACACUCCCCAAGGUCGCUUUGUGCACAUCCCUCCUCCACUGCCUCGCUCGGACUGGGCUAAUGACUUUGGUGUGCCCUGGUGGAAGGAUUCCAGGUAUGAGGUGGGCAUCUUGUCUACCAAAACCAGACACAUUCGGAUCAUCAACACUCUGACUUCCCAGGAGCACACGCUCGAGGUGUGCUCCGAAGAAUCCAUGUGGGAGAUCUUGCGACGUUACCUUCCCUACAACGCUCAUGCAGCCAGCUAUACAUGGAAAUAUGAAGGGGUCAACCUGGACAUGGACCGGAACCUGGAGCAGAACCAUAUCCCAGAUGAGGACGAAGAGUUCUUCAACCUCAACAUGGAUGCUGAUGCCUUCACCCCGGCCAUCCUGCUGUACUUUAACGAUGACCUCACUGAGUUUUAGGUGCAACAAUGCAGACCUGCAUAUCCUGCAGUGUUUACAAAGGCCUUUCAACCUGUUUUGGAACUGGACACUGAAACGGCAGCAACGUGAGACCAAGCACGGCUGAUGGAGUUUCACACUGGACUUGAGGCACUAGACUGAUGCAUUUCAACUUUUUAAAAAAAUACUCCGGUUUGAAGUUCUGUUUUUUGUAUCAAACAGGGACAGCAUGUCUUUCUAGCAACAUUAAAGCCUUUAUUAUAAAACA